AGAGCAGGGCGUGCAGCGGUGCAGCCGACCUCCCCACAGCGACCACUGGUGAGUGCCCCACUUUCAGCCAACUCGCUUUCCUCAGCGGACAGGAAUCUGUGUUACAAACAGGCUCUUUAAUUUGGAAAAGUAGCCACUGACCUCGCCAAGUUAGGAUGGAUUUUUCUAUUGCAACAAAGAUGAGUGGGAGAUAACACAGUUAUUUUGCAGUGCUCCCAGAGUGACCUCAACCAACCCGCUCUGGCAGCAGAUGCUAGAGCAACAUUUUGGAAACAAGGCCUGGGGAUGGCAUCUUGCUCCCUGCACUCACCAAUGCACAGUGAGCUCUGAGAGCUUAUUUCUUGAGGUCUGGCUUGGUCAUGGGUGGUUUUGGUGAAAUCUCCCAGUUCUGCAAGGAGAUUUGGACAUGCUGAGGAACUCUGAAGCCUGCAGCAAGUAGGAGGUCACUGCAGGAGAAAAUCAAUUGCUCGCUGUAGCAUCUGAAUGGUCAUUAUGCCCCAAACCAAAUGACGGCUACUAUUAAUAUAACCUCUAGCAAGCACAGCGGCAAAACCCCAGUGUGAGGCUACUGCUGUGGUUAGCACGGUGUUACUUCUGCCUUGAGGCUGACUUCGCAAUGCUUUGCUUCUCAGACAGUAGAAGCCCAGCUCGAUUUCCCACUGCCUCUACAUUUACUGUGAUGUGAGUGAACCUGCAACACGGCUGGAGCCAGAUUGCAUUAUCUCCUUCAAGAAAAGGGAAAAUUGGGUAAAGAUGGCACUUGCAAGCACAGUUCCCCACCCUGGCAUGACCAGCCUGGAUUAUUACAGGAAUGACAGCACAGGGCUGUCUGUCAUUGGGAACCCCAUCAACGACACAGAGCUCAUGUGUGACAGGCGGCAGGUCUGGCAGUUUGCUCGAGCCUUCUUGCCCAUGUUUUUCUGGCUCAUCUUCUUCGUGGGCACAGUGGGAAAUGCCUUGGUCGUUCUCAUCUACUGCAAAUACCGCUUCAGGAGGAGCAUGAUGGACCGCUACCUGCUGCACUUGGCUGUUGCAGAUCUGCUCCUCCUUUUCACCCUCCCUUUCUGGGCCACGGCUGCCUCCAGUGGAUGGAUCUUCAGAAAUUUCAUGUGCAAAGUCGUCAAUAGCAUGUAUAAGAUCAACUUCUACGGCUGCAUCUUGUUUCUAACAUGCAUCAGUUUUGACAGGUACCUCACCAUUGUUCAAGCAACAAAAGCUAAAUCUUCCAAGCAAAGGCGGAUCCUGCGCAGCAAAGUCGUGUGCUUUGCUGUCUGGCUGGCAUCUGUCAGUCUGUGCCUCCCUGAGAUCAUGUACAGCCAGAGCAAGCAGAUCGGUGCUGUGACAGUGUGCAAAAUGACGUACCCGCCCAACAUUGGCAUGGCCUUCAGAGUUGCCGUCCUGGUUCUGAAAGUCACUAUAGGCUUCUUCCUCCCACUUCUGGUCAUGGUUAUUUGCUACACCCUGAUCAUCCACACCCUCCUCCAAGCCAAAAGAUGCCAAAAGCACAAGUCGUUAAAGAUCAUCACCAUGAUCAUCACUGCCUUUCUCCUCUCUCAGUUCCCAUACAACAUUGUUUUGCUGAUCAAGACGAUCAACAUGUACACCGGGGCGGUGUACAGCUGCCAGACCAUCAACGGGCUGGACAUUGGGCUUCAGGUCACCCAGAGCAUCGCCUUCCUCCACAGCUGCCUCAAUCCCUUCCUCUAUGUCUUUGCUGGGGAACGUUUCAGGAUGGCACUGGCCAGGAUGGUGCAGAGCACUGGACGCUACUGGCUUGGAGGCCAGGAUCAGUGCUCCUCCUUGGGUGACAGCCAGGAGCACAGCUCCAACUGGUCCUUUGCCAUGCUGGGGCGGCGGCGGGUGAGGAACUCACUCACCCUCAGCACCAAUUUGGCCUCCUCUGUUGUUCCUGCCUCAUGCCAAGUCUUUGUGUAAGCCAGUGUCUCCUGAGGGUUAUCAAGCAUGUCCUUUCAGACAUCGUUCCUGCACCCCAAAGAUUGCCUUGGAGGACAGCUGGCCUCCUUGGUUGUAUCCAGGACUAAGCAGGGAUAUUGAGGGACCUACAUGUACCUCCUUUGUGCUCUACCAAGCCAGACCAGGCCUUGCUCACAAAGGGAAGUGAAACCUUCAGCACCAUGCAGCAAAAUAGAGCCAGGCAUGUUGUAAGCCAGGCUGACAAAGGAUAAGAGCUAUUUCUGAGGCAGCUCUUUUAGAACCCAUCCGUUGCUCAAAACAGACCAAAUAGCAACCCUCUCAGGAAAGCCAUGUGCAACAUGCAAGGAUGAACCAUCUUCCCAUCCAUGGGGAGUGGUGAGAAGGAGCUGGGCCCUUGCUGCAUGCCGGCUCCAUGAUAACUCAAUUUUUGGCCAUUGCCUGGUUUCAGAAAGUCAACACUGUUCCCUGCACAAAUGGACACAAUGCUGCUUUGUGGGACUGGCAAAGGAAAGCUAAUAUUCUGUACUCACUACAGAAUUAUAUCCUUCUGUAUUUUAGCUCUUUGACGUAGGGUGAGAGUAGGUGCAAUGUAUUUCCUGCAGUUUGUAUUUCUCUGCAUUAAGAAGCCACAAAUCUCAAUAAAAAUUCAAGGCCAUUGGAUGCUCUGAGUUUUCUGUCCCUGAGCACCCAAACCCCAAACCGACGAUUCAACAAACCAUCAGUGAUGAGCUGGUAACCUUUGCAAAGAUGACAAAAGACAUUUAACCCAGAACUGAUGGGACAGAGAAUCGUAAGAUCUCAAACCUAUAACUAGCAACAUUUUGGUUGAGAUGCUCCUCCAGGGGCUGGUGGGGUACAAGGUGCAUGUAGGUGGGAGCUGCAGCAAACCUACCAGUUUCUUGGGAACUGAGGAUGGGCCAACAUUGGCACCAUAAGGGCACAGGAGGUCUGUGGCACCACAAGGCUCCCAGCAAUCCCAAUUCCCACCCCAGUCAGCCCUGAGCUUAUGCUGCUUGUUUUAGUGCUCAGGAGGCUUUCUUGUAAAUAAUCUAUUUUAAUAAUCUGCUUUGGUGUUAGGUGACUAUCAAUCAUUAAAGCGUCUUGGUAAACACCAGUUUUCUGCAAGGCUUGGCACUGCUUUCCCAACUAACACAGUAAAACUGGGCAGAUGGGGUUCUACUUUGACAUACAUUUUUUGAGGGUUUUUUUUUUAAUUGUUUUUCAUUUUUUCCUUAGAGAAGUAAAUGCUGAAAGAGACGUGCAUUUUUUCCUAUAUGUGUGAGGGCGGUGUUUGUGAUUCACGCGGUGCUCAAAUUGAGCAGAAGCUGAAAUUCCCUUCAAUAAAGCACUGUCAUGUACACCA